AUGGAGCAGGCCCUUCAGUUUCUCUCGGGACCCAAAAGGCGGCGGCGAUGGAUGGGCGGGAUGCUCAUUCAUCGAAUCCUCGCAUACCAUGACAGGUGUCAGGAAAGUUUCCAAGAUACAAAGCAGCUGUACCAGGCGUUGCAAAACGCCGGGCUCUUUCAAAAGUUCAACGUCCCUCAUGCCACAGAGUGCAAGAUUCGGGCAUUGAUGGCCUCCAUGGCCAUCGACCAAGGCGACGACGCGCUUUUCCGCACAGAGGUGCUGGCCUUUCAGAAAAUGGCACCCGAUGCCAUUCCGCGUGACAUGAAUUUGCAGCGCCUGCUCCUCGUCAGGGAGGCCACUCUGGGGCAGUGGGAUUCCAUCCACGGCCGCAUUGAGAUGCUCAGGCGUUGCGUGGGCAUCAGCGCCGGCUGGAUCGAGUUUCAGGCAGCUUUGACUCAUGUCACGGACAUAUUCGCUUGCAGUCAGUCUCCAGAGGAACUCGAAAUUUUUGUACGCAACAUGGUGGCCAAAUAUCGAAUGAAGCUCGAGCACGGAUGGAACGUGUCAACGGACCGGCCACUGUCUGGCGACAAACUGCGCUCGGCAGUCGUGGAGCUUCUCAGUCUGGAGAGCUCAGGAGUUGAAAAGGCCGUUUCCCUUGUUGAGACGGCCUAUUUGCGAGGAAUUGAUGUCAGUGAAGCUCUGACGCCAAUAUUAUUGGCACGGCUCAAAGAGGGCGACGAUCCUAACAACGUGAUCUGCGAAGCCCUGCGAAUGGGAGUCCGAAUUCACGGCAGUGCCUUCAACAAGGCGUCUCAGGCGUUGGCGGCGAGGGGAGAUCUCCGAGCAUCGUCAGACAUGUGCCGAAUUGCGGCACGAGAAAACGCCAAUGGCGAUCUUGCAUACGACGAGUACAACUUCUCCAACCUCGUCUUUGCCUACACGGGCUCGGGGAGGUACGACGCGCUGCGGAUGCUGCUGUCUGACUUCACGUCCGAGGUGCUGUGGUGGCGGGGUAGUCGCGUGAGCCAGGAAAGCAUCAAGCUUGCGAUGAAGACGGUGGCGAUGCGGGCUGUCGUUUUUGUCAAAGAACAAGCAAGGCACAGGAAAGCCUUGAACUGGCUCGAUGAAGCACUCAUGCAUGUCAAGCGGUGUCGCGCCACCAAGGGUGACCGGCGAAUGGUGGCAGACACGCUGGUGCGCAUCGUCGAGGCAGCGUCGAGGCCCGGCCGAGCAGAUGAGAGGGAUACGGUGACAACUGAGGACGAUGCUUGCUGUGGCGUGCCCGCUGCCGUGGCGUCGCACGGUGUGGAGCAGAUGCGUGAUGAAAUAGACGACUCGGCACGUGCACACGAGUUGGAGACGGAGAAAGUCGAUUUGCAUGUGAUUGCGGCUUAUAAUUGGGUGGUUCGAUCGGGCCAUGGGACGCACGCCGGCAUGGCUUCAACGCAAUUGCCCUCGGCCGCCGCCGAUGCGCGCGUCCGCCGAGAGGUAUACCACGAAGCCGACGUCGUCGUCGUCGGCGCCGGCGUUUUCGGCUGCGCCAUGGCCUUUGCCCUCGCCAACCAGGGCCGCUCCGUGCUGCUGCUCGAGCGCUGGAUGAAGGAGCCCGACCGCAUCGUCGGCGAGCUGCUGCAGCCCGGCGGCCUCGCUGCGCUCAGGAAGCUGGGGCUGGGACACUGCGUCGAUGGCAUCGACUCGAUCCCCUGCAAGGGCUACAACGUCAUCUACCACGGGCAGCCGUCGCUGAUCCCCUACCCGCCCGAGGGCAAGAGGCCCCAGGGCAGGAGCUUCCAUCACGGGCGCUUCAUCAUGCAGCUGCGCAGGGCUUGCAUGGCGCAUGACAGCAUCACCGUCGUCGAGACUGAGGUGACCAAGACGGUGCGCGGCGAGCACACGGACCAGAUCCUCGGCGUCGAGGCGCGCACGACGGACCGCGAGACGGGCCAGAAGAAGAGCGACUACUUCUUUGGCCACCUCACCGUCAUUGCCGACGGCUACGACUCCAAGUUCCGCAAGCAAGUCUUUGACACCAAGCCCGUCGUCAAGAGCAAGUUCUACGCCCUCGAGCUCAUCGACUGCCCUCUGCCGCGCGAGUUCUUUGGCCAGGUCAUUAUCGGUGACGCCUUCCCCAUCCUCCUCUACCAGAUCGGCUCCCGUGAGACGCGCGCCCUCAUCGACGUGCCUCAGGGCAUCCCCGAGGCGUCGCCCGCGGCUGGCGGCGUGCGCGGCUACAUCCGGAACGUGGCCAUCCCCACCCUUCCUGAAUGCGUCCGCCCGUCGGCCGAGCGCGCCAUCGAGGACGGCAAGAUCCCGCGCAGCAUGCCCAACAGCUGGCUCCCGGCCUCGAAACAGGCAUCCAGCGGCCUCGUCAUCGUCGGCGACGCCUUCAACAUGCGCCACCCCCUCACCGGCGGCGGCAUGACAGUCGCCUUCAACGACGCCCUCCUCCUCUCGGAGCUCCUCCACCCAUCGCGCGUGCGGCAGCUCGAGGACGCCCAGGCCGUGCGCGCCGCCGUCGACGCCUUUUACUGGCGCCGCAAGAGCUGCACUUCCAUUAUCAACGUGCUCGCCCAGGCCCUCUACACCCUCUUUGCCGCAAACGACCGCCAGCUGCGCGCCCUCCAGCUCGGUUGCUUCGAGUACUUUCGGCGCGGUAUGACGGACGGGCCCUGCGCCCUGCUCGGCGGCAUCCUCCAGCAGCCCUCCAUUCUGGCCUACCACUUCUUCUCCGUCGCCUUUCUCGCCAUUUGGGUCAACGGGUGCGCCGUCGUCGGAAGCGGACCCCUUGCGCUAUUAAGGCUCCCGCUUGCCGUCAUCGACGCCGUCCUCAUCCUUGCCAAGGCGAGUCGGGUGUUUUUGCCGCUUGUCUGGCGCGAGGGGUUCCAGUGA